AUGUCAGAUAAAAAUCGUAAUAAGCUACCAAGUAAUCUACCACAGCUGCAGAAUCUCAUAAAACGUGAUCCUGGAUCGUACAAAGAUGAGUUUAUGCAACAGUAUAGACAUUAUGAGUCAAAUCUGCAGAUAUUUCAUCUUCAACCUUCAACUUACACAAAGACAUUGGACGAGCUUGUAUUAUUUAUUGCCCAAGUUUCCCAGUGUUACCAAGAGGAAGUGUCUGAUUUCCCACAACAUCUGCAGGAUAUGCUUCGGCAACAUGCCACUGUACUAGAUAAGACUAUGAGAAUGACUUUCUGUAAGGCACUAAUCCUGCUAAGAAACAAAAGCCUUAUCCCAGCGACUGGUGUUCUGGAGUUAUUUUUUGAACUGUUCCGUUGCCAGGAUAAACUACUGAGGAAAACUCUCUAUUCUUACAUUGUUAGUGACAUAAAGAAUGUCAACUUCAAACACAAAAAUGCCAAGCUCAACACAACAUUACAGAACUUUAUGUACACAAUGCUGAAAGACAAUAAUGCAAUAGCUGCCAAAAUGUCGCUGGGUGUCAUGAUAGAGUUGUACAGAAGAAACAUAUGGAAUGACACAAAGACAGUCAAUGUUAUAGCUACAGCCUGUUUCUCCAAAGUGACCAAGAUAAUGGUGACUGCUCUUAAAUUCUUCCUCGGCCAUGAGGAAGGAGAAAAAGCUGCAGACAGUGACAGUGAAGAUGAGGAUGAUAAGAAAAAAGACAAAUCAAGAAAAACAUCAAAGGAACUGAUACUAGGGAACAGAGUAGCAAAAAAGACCAAGAAACGACAGAAAAAACUGGAAAGAGCUCUUCAAGCAAUGAAGAAAUUCAAAAAGAAGCAUAAAAGUGAAUCCUUUAAUUUCUCUGCACUUCAUCUACUACAUGAUCCUCAAGAUUUUAGUGAGAAGUUAUUAAAGCAAUUAGAAGCUACUAACGAGAGAUUUGAGGUGAAACUCAUGAUGAUAGACUUAAUAUCACGACUUGUUGGUAUCCAUGGGCUUUUCCUUCUCAAUUUUUAUCCAUUUGUACAAAGAUUCCUGCAGCCUCAUCAGCGAGAAGUGACACGCCUACUGUUGUAUGUAGCACAAGCUAGCCAUGAUUUAGUCCCGCCAGAUGUGCUGGAGACAACUGUGAAGACAAUAGCCAAUAACUUUAUUACAGACAGAAAUUCGGGUGAAGUGAUGGCAGUUGGGUUAAAUGCUGUAAGGGAAAUAUGUGCACGUUGUCCUCUAGCACUUUCUGAAGACCUCCUUCGAGACUUAGUACAGUAUAAGACACACAAAGAUAAAGCUGUGAUGAUGGCGUCACGGGCUCUGAUAGGCCUUUACCGAAGAGUCAACCCCGAACUUCUCCACAAGAGGGAUAGGGGAAAGCCAACAGAAGCUACAGAAGAACAGAAGAACAUACAGUAUGGUGAUCUCAACGCACAUCAGGCUGUCCCUGGAGCAGAGGUGUUAUCUAGCAAGAUUGAACUUGAUAAUGAGCAGACAGGAGAGGCAGAUGACACUAAAGAAGGUUGGGAGUCUUGUAGUGAAGAUGAAGAUGAUGAUGAAGAUGGUUGGAUAGAUGUUCAUCAUUCAUCUGAUGAAGAAGAGACAGAAGACCCAGUAGCUGGCCUCACUUUGGAAGAGAAACGUAAAAAGGCAGAGGAUAUCUCCACCAAUCGUAUUCUCACGCAAGAAGAUUUCCGUCAAAUUCAGCACCAUCAGGCUCGUAAAACUACUGAAAGUGCCAGUAAAGGGAAAGGCAAGCGAAAGCACAUAGAAGUGGACGAUGAUGAAAACAGUGAUCGACUGAUGCUAUCCACGAUAGAAAAUGUUCACAAGAAGAGAGCCCACGAUAAGGAAUCUCGUCUCUCAACUGUUAUGGCUGGACGAGUGGGUAGAGAGAAAUUUUCACAUGGUCCACAGAAAAUGAACCCUAAUGCCAGUACUACCAACAAGGAGAAAGCAAGAGGCAAGAACUUCAUGAUGGUCAAGCAUAAGUUGGGAAAAAAGAAGGGCAAGCGUUCAUUUAGAGAUAAACAGAUGGCUUUGACGAAGGCAUUGCUACGGAGACAGAAGAAGAAUUGAGAGUGAUAUCAUUCCUUUGGAAUCUUGAUGUCAUUAGUGACAUUACCAAAAGAUCAUUAUAAAAUAAAAAGUUAAACCUA